AUGGGAUCUUUCAAGGGUCAUGCUUUGCCGGGGACGUUGUUUUUUUUAGUUGGGGUGUGGCAUAUAUGGGCUACUAUGGUGAGAUACAUAAGUAAUCCUAAGAGGUUUCAAGUUCGGGCGUGGAAUCCUGUACCAGGUUUUGAUGGGUGGGUGAAGCACUUGGAGCUCUAUGUUAUUGCAAUUGGUUCUCUUAUUGAUUUGUGCAUUGAGUUUUUGUAUUCAACUCACCUCAAGAUAUUUGUUGGGGGUGUUCUUAACCCUUCUCAUAUGAAUGAUUUUGAGCACUCGGGGAUGCUUCUUAUGUUCUUUAUCUAUGGUGUUGUUGCCUUACUUAGCGAAAACACCAGAUUUCUUCCAUUGCCAGAAGGUAUUCUAUGUUUCAUAGCAGCCAUGGCAUUUUCCGCCGAGUAUCUUCUAUUCUACUUCCAUUCAACAUCGCACAAAGGUCUUGAGGGCUAUUACCACACCCUCCUAGUCUUCCAAGUAGGACUAUGCGUUUUAUCUUCAAUCGCCGGUGCUCUUAUGCCAAACAACUUUCCAGUCGACUUAUGCAACGGAAUCGCCAUAGCCCUACAAGGCAUUUGGUUCUAUCAAACUGCAUUUGUUCUCUAUGGUCCCAUGCUGCCAGAUGGUUGUAAGAUUAAGGAUAACCAUAUCUCAUGUAACUCAGUUGACAGCGAGGUUCGCGGCGAAUUGCUUGCUAACUUUCAGUUUUUUGUUGCCAUCCUCGCGGUUCUUGUUGCAUCGGUAAUAGCGUAUGGAUAUGCUGCAUCGAGAUAUGGAAAUUCUGAAGUUAAUAGUUUGCAUACUGUUCAGAAUGAAUUAGAUCAAAUCUGA